UAAAAUCAAUGAAGGAAAGAAGACAAAGCCAGAAACUAUUUAAUACAUCCGGGAUGGAUCCUAACCAGAGUGUAAAGUGUAAAAUAGUAGUGGUGGGAGAUAGCCAGUGUGGAAAAACUGCUUUACUUCACGUGUUUGCUAAGGACUGCUUUCCUGAGAACUACGUCCCUACAGUGUUCGAGAAUUACACUGCCAGUUUUGAAAUCGACACUCAGAGAAUUGAACUGAGUCUCUGGGACACUUCAGGGUCCCCUUACUAUGACAACGUGCGGCCUCUCUCCUACCCGGACUCUGAUGCUGUUCUCAUUUGCUUUGAUAUAAGCAGGCCUGAAACCCUUGACAGCGUCUUGAAGAAGUGGAAAGGUGAGAUCCAAGAGUUUUGUCCUAAUACUAAAAUGUUGCUAGUGGGGUGCAAGUCUGAUCUCCGCACCGCUCUCAGCACAUUGGUAGAGCUGUCCAAUCACAGACAAACGCCAGUAUCGUACGAUCAGGGUUCCAACAUGGCCAAGCAGAUUGGAGCACCAUACAUAGAGUGUUCAUCUUUGCAGUCGGAGAACAGCGUAAGGGACAUUUUUCAUGUAGCCACCCUGGCAUGUGUAAACAAAACAAACAAAAAUGUCAAACGCAACAAGUCAACAAGGGCAACCAAGAGAAUUUCACACAUGCCAAGCAGGCCAGAUCUGUCCGCAGUCACCUCAGAAUUGAGGAAGGACAAAGCAAAGAGCUGCACAGUAAUGUGAGGAAUCUGAACUGGAGGGAUGGAAUUCCAAUACUUUUAUGGACAAGAAAGGUAGCUGGUGAAGAUUCAAUGAGGUGCACUGCCCCACAGGUGUGAAACAAGGGCUCUGUCAGCACUUUAAAGAAUAUUCUUCACCCUCAGUUGUGGUUUUAUAUGCUUAACCAGAGCAGAGAGCUGGAAUUUUAAGGAUGUAAUUGAAGAAAAAAAAAGUGUCUUCACGGUUUCUGAAAAAACAAAAAAGCCAAAUACAAAAAAAACCUUAAAAGGCCUCAAAUAUAAAGUUAUAUGAACUCUAAAAAGUAGUCAUUUGUAAUCCACUCCAAAUAUAUCUGCCUUUUACUUGAGCAGUCAUAUCUGACCCAAUUUCCUACAUCAACAGGAAAUGACCUCAUUCUGUUCUAGCUUCUGGAGGUGAUAUCUUACCGUUUGGGAGUUUAGCAGGAAAAUUUAAGUAUGGCCGAUUUCUUCAGGAAGAGGUGUGGAUUGAUGUUCUCUAAGCAGCAUAGCUUCCUGGAGGAAAUGUGAAAAGCACAACCUUUUGCUUCAUCUCUCUCCUGAUCGGAUGAUUCCUCACACUGUAGGCUUCUGUGCUCUUCAACAGAGUGGAUUCUAUGUGCAGGUUCCGCAGCCCGAUGGUGCAGGACCCAGGGAAAGAGAUGCCAAAUGGCAGAACAUCACUGUGGUUUAAAACUGAUUUUGUUCCCCCUCCUUCAUUUUGUAACCAACUUUUCAUAUGGAAAAAGUUGUCUUAAGUAUUUGUUUUGUAUGGAAAUUACAUUUUGCACCAUCACAAAAUGUCUGAAAGCACUUCCAAUUUACUAGACAAAACACAACAAGCUUUUAAGGAAAAAAAAAAUUAUCAUAUCAUACUGUGCUUUAUGGAAGCAUGGAUAACUUAAAUGUACCCAAAGAGCUUUCAGGGUUAAAGUCUACAGGGUAAUACCAUGGGUGCAUAUUUAGACACAUCCAUUCCCAUUGCUCAAGUCAAUCAGCAUUGCUGCCAUUUGCCUAUAUACAAAUGGGUGAUCCUUCCUAGUACAAUGACUAAAGAAUCAUUUGCACCUGUUGGCCAGAAAUUCUAUUUCUUAUAUAAUGGUUUCCUCUGUUGUGCAACAAUAGCAUAUCUGUAUGGCUCAGUAGUUUGACAAAACAAAUGUAUCUUUUCAGUCUUUCACUCCAUUGGUUGAAGGGCACAGCAGCCUAUGGCACGUUUUAAAAGCCAGUUGAAAAGAAAAUGGGCUGAUUUUAAUAAUAUAUCGUUACAUAAUACUUAAUUUUUGAAGGGUUUUAUUUGGGGUUAUCAGACUAGAAAGCAUAGACCGGGCACUGAAUAGAAAAAAGCCUGACAAUAUUCAACAUGUAACAAUUCUCAUAGUUGCACUUUGUUUUGUUUUGCAAGAAGAUAAUAACAAUAUCGUUCCUGUAUUUAUAAUACCCCACUUGACUGGGGAUGUUUAAUUCUAAACUAUGCUUUCAGAUUGGUGCAUCAGUAUCCUUAAGGGCAGUAUUAUAAACUAGCUGGCAAGUGCUUUCUGUAUUUAAAUGUAAAGAAGAAAUAAUUAAGUUAUAAAAAAAUAAUAAUAAUAAAUUAACCAUUGAGCAUCAUUACUUUUUUUUUAAUGUUGAAGUCCAUUUGUAAGUGUUUCUGCAGUAUUUAUUGA